AUGCGCGCCAAGAAGGACGCCUCGCGCCGCCCGAGCCUGCCGCCGACCGACGACCCGUUCUUCAUCCGCCCCGUCCCGUCACCCACCUGCGCCUCGCCGAGCCAGCCCUUCAGCGCGCUCGCGUUCGACGAGCACAUGGGCCUGCCUGCGCCGACGCAUGCCGCGACGACGCGCAACAAGGACGGCGGCACCGGGCUCGGCAAGAAGCUUCUGUCGUUCCCGUGGACGCGCUCGGACAAGAAGCACGCGCCGCACCACCAGCUCAACCUCGUCGAGACGGCAGCAGCGACGGCGCAACCGGUCGCGUCGGGCAGCGGCGGCGCGGCACCCCCCAUCACGGCGCUCCCGACCACCACCUCGCUGCCCCUCGGAAUCUCCGGCUCGACAUCGUUGCCCGUCGCCGCACCUGCCGACACGCUGCAGCGAGCGCGCCAGCGCCCGUCGUUCGUCGUCAGCAACUCGCACGUCCCGGGCCACCAGCAGAGCAACGCGUCGCUGUCGACCAUCCGCACGACCUCGUCGUCGGCGUCGACCGCCCUGUUCUACUCGAGCGAGGACGGCGGCUGGCACUCCGAGGCGACGUCGCUCACGUCGUCGCCCGACAGCGGCCGCGACGACAAGUGCACGCCGCCGCACCUGCGCAUGUGGCGCGUGCGCGGUCUCGCCGCCGAGGGCUCGACCACCCUGCCCGACAUCGCCGAGCGCGAGAACGAGGACGUGCGCCUGAGCAUCUACGACGGCCUCGUCCCGCCCAACGGCCGCGAGACGCCCACCCGCCGCAACUCGACGCCGAUCCCGUCGGCCGUCGCCGUCAUGCUCGGCGAGCCGUCGACGCCGCCGCGGCCCAAGCGCUACUCGGCCUCGAGCGUGACGCUGUCGCCCGCGUCGCAGGACAAGCUCGCGUCGGCGCGGCGCGAGGCCGCCGGCAGCGAGGCCGACGACGAGGUGUCGCCCCCUCGCGCGCGCCGCACGGUCCGCCGCGCCAUCUCGCAGGACCUCCUCCUCGAGUCGCCGCAAAAAGGCGGCCGCCGCUUCUCGCCGUCGUCGCACCGCAUCCCGUCGAUCAGCUUCGAGGGCAUCUCGAUGGACGCCUUCUUCGCCGAGGUCGAGGCCAACGUCAACCUCGGGCUCGUCGCCGGCGGCAAGCGCUCGUCGCCGCCAUCGUCUGCCUCGACCAAGCAGACGAGGCGUCGCACGCGGGUCCUUAGCGCCUACAUGCCGCCGCCGUCGCCGCCGACGCAGCAGGCGCCGGUCGACGGGCCGGUCCUUGUCGAGGAGGACGAGGAGCUCGAGUCGCCGAUCGUGCCCGUGGCGCACCUCGUCGACGAGGACGGUCCGCUUCUGGCCAAGGAGCCGAGCACGCCGCCCUCGCCGGGCCUCGCUCUCGACGUCCCGCGACCGCGACCGCACCCUCGCCGCUCAUCCUCGCGCCCGGCCCCACUCGACGUCGCCGCCGCCAACGCGCUCUCGACCUGGGCGCCCAUCUCGGCGCCGCUCCAGCCGAGCAUCUCGCUCUGGUCGCCUCCCGCCGACGGCACUGCCUCGCCGUCGCCCGUCCGCACCAUGGCGCUCCCGCCCGUCUCGCCGCCUCUCGCCGGCGGGUUCAUUUUCUCGCCCCGAGUCGCCUCGUCGGACGAGCGCUCGCCCGGCCUCGCCGCCCCGUUCAACCCGGCGCCGUCGCCCGCCCUCAGCUCGACGUCGACGUUCAAGCCCUCGGACAUCCCCGAGCUCCUCGUGUGCCCGCCGUCGCCACCGCUCGUCGGCGAGGAGCCCGUCCAGGCGCCGAUCCGCCCGAGGCAGCGCCGCCAGUCGCUGCAGGCCCUGCCGCAGCGCGCGAGCCACGUCGUCACGGCGCCGCAGACGCAGGCCUCGCCGCCGCCGCCGCCCGUGCAGGCGCAGCGCUCGUCGUCGACUCGUCGUGCACCGCCUCGGCCGCUCACCAUCAUCAACGGGCCGACCAAGGUGACGGUCCUGCCCGAGAAGAAGACGGUGCGCCUGUCGAGCCGGGUCCAGGCGUCGAAGCGCAAGAUGCAGGGCGCGCCCGCUCGGCCCAUGUCGUCGCCUCCUCCUCCGCCGCUCGUGGAGGUGACGCCGCCGCCGCCUCCCUCGCUCCCGCUCCUCGACGAGUACGACCACGACGACGAGUACCAGCUCUCGUCACCCUCGUCGCCGACCCUGCCGUUCAUCCCCGUGGACACGUACCGCCCGUCCGACGUCCUCCGCACCGACUUCCACCCGGCGCUCUCGGGCCUCACGGUCCCGGCGUCGCCGCAGCGGUCGCAGCACACGCCCGACUCGGACUCGUCCGACUGCGAGGAGACGCUGCACAACAUGCUCCUGCGGCUCAACCGCCCGCACACGCCGCCGGCGCCGGCGAGCCUCUCGGCGGCGAGCAGCGAGGCGUCGCUCUCGCUCACCGAGCUCGCCCUCGAGCUGCACAACACGUCGCAGGCGCGCCUGUCGAUGCUCGCGUGCGAGAUGGGCAGCAGCACGAGCAGCAGCCGAGCCGGCUCGAGCUCGUCCAAGGAGAACGCCGCGUUCGGCCACGACGACCGCAGCGCGAGCGCGUGCUCGAGGCGCAGCGAGCGCCGCUACUCGCGCCUGUACGACGGCGUCGACAUCGCGUACGUCGCCUCGCCGACGCCGCGCACGUGCGCUGCGCCCGAGGCCGUCUCGCCGACGUUCAUGCACCAGUCGCUCGUCGCGCAGAGCGAGCACGGACGCGCCGGGCCCUCGUCGUGGGAGUCCGAGGCCGACGUCCCGACGUCGCCCAUCGACGAGGACGACGACGAGUGCGCGACGCUCGAAAGCGAGCUCGACCGCACGCUCGCGACGCUCGUCGGCGAGCAGGCCGAGAGCGCCUUCUCGCCCACGUCCUCGUCCUCGGCCCAGUCGUCGUCGUCGUCGUCGGGCGCACCUCGUCGUCGCGCAGGACACACCCAGACCGACUCGGCGUCGUCGCUCGACUACCUCGGCGAGGCGCCCGGCGGCCCGAGCGCGUCGACGCCGGCUCGCGAGCGCGUCCCUCGCAGCGGCAGCCACGACUCGCAGCUCACGGCGUCGUCGUUCGACUCGAACGACUCGGAGGAGGGCGUCGUCUGCCUCGGCGAGCGCGUCAGCUGCAUGUACAACGUCGGCGUCAUCGGCGUCGCCAUGUGAGGGAGAGGAGGAGGUCGUCGUCGUCCUUGGAGGGCUCGAGCGCUGGUCGUUCCUCGUCGUACAUUUUGUAGCACCGUACAUCUCUCGUGGGCUGUAUGUCUAUCGUGCAUCGAGCUUUGUCGUCCGUAUC